AUGGGGUGCGGCGCCUCGAAGGGCGCGGACGCGCCCGGGACGUCCCCCGACGCGUCGCGGAAGAAGAACGCGAAGAAGAAGAAGAAGAGAGGCGUCGAGCCGCCGGACGCGGACGCGGACGACGACGAGUGGUGGAAGCCGACGACGAAGUUGGAAGAGUUCAACGCGCGCCUCGGCGAGACGCUCGCGACGCUCGCGCGGCACGCCGCGGCGGCGACGGUCGACGCCUCGUCCUCCGUCGCGGCGGCGGCCGCGGCGUCGAGCGCGUCCUCGCGGAGGUCGACGACCGUCGCGAUCGAGUUCUGGAGCGGCGACGAGGAGGCGGAGGAGGAGGAGGACGACGAGUCGUCGUCGACGGCGCCGCGGCCGCGGCCGAAUCGCGCGUUCGCGACGUCGUGCGAGCGCGGCGGCGUCGCCGCCGUCGCCGCUUCCCUGUCCUCCCCCGCCACGCUCGUCGCGCUCCGCCGCGUCGACCUCGCGAUCCUGUACGACGAGCUCAGGGCUGGGGAGAAGAAGGACGCGCGCGGGGGGGGGUUCGUGGACGCCGACGCGCUCGCCUCAGCGUUGCGAAAGAUCGACCGGGCGGAGAUUGCGGGCACCACCGCCGACGCCGCCGGCGACGCGUUCGACGACUGGACGAUGAAGCACGCGCUGUUCCGCGCCGUCGACGAGGACGGAGCGAGCGUUUCGAGGAUCGCCGACGUCGUCGCCGCGAUGCAGGUGUUGUGCGGCGGCGGCGGCGGCGGCGCCGCCGCGGAAAAGCUGCGGACGGCGUUCGAAGCGCACGCGCGCGACGACGACGAAGCCGCGGCGGCGGCGGCCGCCGCCGGCGCCAAACGCGGCACGCUCUCGAAGACGCGCGUGAUGGCGCUACUCGACGGCGCGGUGUGCGCGGGCGUCAGAGCGAUGCGCGCGUGUUUGGAAGACCAGACGCGGAGGGACGCGCUGGCGACGCGCGCGGUGAAGUCGCCGACGAAACGGUUCAUGAGGAGGCGUUUAAUGAACGGCGCGGGCGGGGACGGCGGCGGCGGCGGCGGAGACGCGGACGACGGGGAAGACGACGCGGACGCGGCGCCCGAGCCCACCGUCGCGGUGUCGAUUCCGACGGGCGAGGCGCGCGCCGGCGCCGGGGCGCCCGGGGCGCGGGCGCCGUCCAUAACGCUCAGGCGCGUCCUAUACACUGGUCCCCAUACGACCGCGUUCGCGUGGUGA